GUCACACAUGCCUCUUCUCAUACCACCACACACUCUCUCUACCUCUUCCUUUCCUCAUCACCACCACCACCCACAACCCCGGGCGCAUCUAUUCCUUCCUCCCCUCCCUAUCGCGACGACGACGACCAACCCCCGCGCCGCCGCCGCACACGCCCCCCAGAUCCCACGCACGGUCCUCGCAACGAAGUCGAGCCGUGGAACGAGCAUAGUAACAGCCAGUUUGGGCCUAAUUCGGGUGGAACCAGUCGUCACCUUCCUCCCUCUUCUCAUCACAUUCAACCUCGACCACCCCCGUGGAUAGACUUAGACAACCAGUCUCUCUUUUCAUCCCCCUCCCACUCUCGUCUUUAGUAGACUCCGCGAGCGGCCGAGCGAAACAUCUUCCCCUAUAUCAAUCUCCCUUUUCCCACUUUCCACCUUUCACCAACCACCACCUCUUCACCACUUUCUUCACAAUGCGCUCGCCAAUCUCGACAUUGUGGGCUCUCCUCCCCCUCCUCGCCCACUCGGUCGCCGCCGCUGGUGGCCAGAAGGCACUCACCUUUGAGCCGGCUGGUGAUGCGGGUAUCUCGGCCCAGAUGAUGUUCCUUGGCUCCAAGACCAAGGUCUACAUUCUCGACAAGACUGAGAACAACCCCACUCAGAUCAAUGGAAAGUACGGCUCGCACCCCGCAUGGGCCGUCGAGUACGAUAUCAACACGCAGCAGGUUCGCACCAUGGACGUCUUCUCGAACACGUUCUGCGCCUGUGGCGCUGUGAUGGCAAACGGCACUUGGGCCGUGUUUGGUGGCAACCAGCCCGUCACCACGGGUGGUGUUGCUACCAACCAGCUCGCUGCCUACGCCGACAUGACUGGUGGCACGGCCAUUCGCAUGCUUACCCCUAGCGAUGAUGGCAAGUCCGAGUACGUCCAGGGAGAGGUCACCCUCGACAUUACAAAGGACACUGGUGGCUACCUUCAGAUGACCGGCAAGCGAUGGUACCCAACUGUCGAGACCCUCGCAGACGGAACUCUUAUUGUCAUUGGCGGUGACAAGAACGGCGGUUAUGUCAACACGGCCGGCCAGGACAACCCCACCUACGAGUUCUUCCCUCCCAACGGCCAGGGCGCUGUCAACCUCCAGCUCCUGACCGACACCCUCCCCAUCAACCUCUACCCCCUCGUCUGGCUCAUGCCUUCUGGCCAGCUCUUCAUCCAGUCUGGCGCCAAGACGUACCUCUACGACUACAACUCGAGGCAAACGACCAACCUCCCAGACAUGCCUUACGCUGCGCGUGUCUACCCUGCGUCCGCCGCCACGGCCAUGCUUCCUCUCACCCCCGAGAACAACUACGACCCCACCAUUCUCUUCUGCGGUGGUUCCAACGUCACCCAGUGGGGCAACGACGGCGGUCCCGGCUACAACGUCACGGCCAUGCCUGCCGACGCGUCGUGUGUCCGCAUCAGCCCCAACCAGCCCAACCCCCAGUACGUGACCGACGACUGGAUGAUUGAGGGUCGCUCGAUGGGCCAGUUUGUCAUCCUUCCCGACGACACGUUCUUCCACGUCAACGGUGUUGCCAUGGGCACUGCCGGUUACGGUGACCAGAAGUACUCUAUCGGCGAGUCGUUUGGCCAGGACCCCGUCUACAUCCCCACCAUCUACAACCCCAACGCUCCUGCUGGCUCGCGCUGGAACCGCACUGGCCUCACGCCCUCGCCCAACGAGCGCAUGUACCACUCGACUGCCGUGCUCCUCCCCGACGGUUCGGUCCUCAUCUCGGGCUCCAACCCCAACGCCGACUUCACCAACAACCAGUGGCGUUCGCGUACCGACGUUGAGCGCUGGUACCCAUGGUACUACGACAACACCCGCCCCACCUACACUGGCCGCCCCGACUCGCUCAGCUACGGUGGCAACUACUUCAACCUUACUCUGGACACGACCGACGAGACUGCUGUCAACAACACCAAGGUUGUCAUCAUCCGCGGUGGCUUCAACACGCACGCUAUUGCCUUUGGCCAGCGUUCGCUCCACCUCAAGACGUCGUACACCAUUGACCGCAACACCAACACGACGACGCUUCACGUCUCGCAGCUUCCUGGCACUCCUGGCCCCAACAUCUUCCAGCCCGGCCCCGCUCUCUUCUUCGUUGUCGAGAACGGCGUUCCUUCGGAGGGUGACUUCGUCAUGAUUGGCUCGGGACAGAUUGGUACCCAGCCUACUGCUGCCAACCAGGAGCUGCCCUCGUCGACCGUCAUUCCCCUGCCAAACCAGGAGACGUCGGCUGGCGCUCCCUCGGCCGGUUCGACUGGCUCGAUUGACUCGCACAAGAACUCGGGCGCCAUCUCCCUCACUGGCUUUGCCCCUGCUGUGCUCGUCACGCUUGGUCUGGCCCUGGCUCCCGUGCUCCUGAUGUAAACGGACACUGUGGACAGUUACUGGAUCCCCCACACACAAACACGCACAUCACUCAUCCCCCCCCGGCACUCAAGCCUUCGUUUGUCAUAUCGGUUCGAGCAUUUUACCCCCCCAAAGCCGCGUAGGCCCCCCCGUAGUACUCUCGUGUGUAGCCUUGCAUGGGCCACUGUAAUGGACAAUGAUGCAAUACAUCAAUAGAUACGAA